UGGGAAAGAGCCCGGAGGAGCCGACCGCGCCGCCGCGGGAGCCGCGCCUGCCCAGGCCCAGGGAGGGAGGGCGGGAGGAGGCAGGCGGGGAGGGCCUUGCGCCGGGCUCAGUGUCGGUGGCUGCUGCCCGGCUGCGUCUCCAACCGCCGUGGCCGCGAUGAAGCGCCCUUGCGAGGAGACGACCUCCGAAAGCGACAUGGACGAGACCAUCGACGUGGGCAGUGAGAACAAUUACUCUGGGCAAAGUACUAGCUCUGUGAUUAGAUCGAAUUCUCCAACAACAACAUCUCAGAUUAUGGCAAGAAAGAAAAGGAGAGGGAUUAUAGAGAAAAGGCGUCGGGAUCGGAUAAAUAACAGUUUAUCUGAGUUGAGACGACUGGUGCCAACUGCUUUUGAAAAACAAGGAUCUGCAAAGUUAGAAAAAGCUGAAAUAUUGCAAAUGACAGUGGAUCAUUUGAAGAUGCUUCAGGCAACAGGGGGAAAAGGCUACUUUGAUGCCCACGCUCUGGCAAUGGACUUCAUGAGCAUCGGAUUCCGAGAGUGCUUAACCGAAGUAGCCCGAUACCUGAGCUCGGUGGAAGGCCUGGACUCCUCCGACCCACUGCGCGUGCGCCUCGUCUCUCACCUCAGCACGUGCGCCUCCCAGCGGGAGGCCGCCGCAAUGACGUCCUCCAUGGUCCACCACCAUCACCCACUGCACCCGCAUCACUGGGCAGCAGCCUUCCACCAUCUUCCUGCGGCCCUGCUCCAACCCAACGGACUCCAUGUGUCGGAGUCAACCCCUUGUCACCUCUCCACAACUUCCGAAGUGCCUCCUGCUCACGGUUCCACUCUACUCACAGCAACGUUUGCCCAUGCAGAUUCUGCCCUGCGGAUGCCAUCCACGGGCAGCGUCACCCCUUGUGUGCCACCUCUCUCCACAUCUCUCUUGUCCCUCUCCGCCACCGUGCAUGCCGCCGCCGCAGCGGCCACCGCAGCCGCACACAGCUUCCCUCUGUCCUUCGCGGGGGCGUUCCCCAUGCUCCCCCCAAAUGCAGCCGCAGCAGUGGCAGCCGCGACAGCAAUCAGCCCUCCCUUGUCUGUAUCAGCCUCAUCCAGUCCUCAGCAAACGAGCAAUGGAACAAACAGUAAACCUUACCGACCCUGGGGGACAGAAGUUGGAGCCUUUUAACUUAUGGUUGAACUCCUUGCAAUAGUAACUGAAUGUCCUUCAUUUCAGGGUCAGCUUAAAACCUCUGCAUCCUGAAGGUAGCCAUACAAAUGCCUACAGAUCCACAAAGGAACAAUAAAGCUAUUUGAGACACAAA